UUGACCAUGAAUUCGAAACCAGCACCUAUUAAAGUUUCGAAUGUCGACCCGGAAACAAUGUUCGACGUACAGGAACGUAUCGGUCGUGGCUCAUUCGGAGAGGUUUUCAAGGGUAUGAAUAAACGAACUAGAGAAGUGGUAGCCAUCAAACUGAUUUAUCUUGAGGCAGCCGAAGACGAAAUUGAAGAUAUUCAACAGGAGAUUCUUGUAUUAUCUCAAUGUAACAGCCCACAGAUAACAAAGUAUCACGGCUCCUACCUGAAGGACACUACUUUAUGGAUUAUUAUGGAGUAUCUAGGUGGAGGGUCUGCUUUGGACCUGAUGAAACCUGGUCCGAUACCAGAACUCUACAUCCCAACUAUCCUCCGUGAAAUUCUAAAAGGGCUGGAUUAUUUACACAGCCAGAAUAAAAUCCACCGUGACAUCAAAGCUGCCAACGUCUUGUUCUCCUACAACGGUGAUGUGAAACUAGCAGAUUUCGGAGUUGCCGGUCAACUGAACUCAAGCAUCACCAAACGGGGCUCCUUUGUUGGCACUCCAUUCUGGAUGGCUCCAGAACUUAUUCAACGAUGUGCCUACGACUUCAAAGUGGACGUCUGGUCUACUGGAAUCACUGCCAUCGAGUUGGCCAAGGGCGAACCACCCAACGCUGAUCUCCAUCCAAUCAGGGCGCUACUUUUCAUCCCACACAACCCUCCCCCUCAGCUAACCGGUGAUUUUAGCAAGCAGUUUCGGGACUUUGUCGAGUCCUGCUUGGUUAAAGUUCCAGAAAAUGAGGACAGUAAAAAAGCGAAAUCGUUCUGCUGUAACCCUCUUUCGAUGCCUAGCUGCCAUGCCACUCGAAGAGAGCACGAGGGCUCAAAUACUGCCAAGUUGCCCAAGCCUGAGCAGGAGAAGUCGGAAGGUAGAGGUCGGGCUCGAACCACGGACCUUCCAAGACCGACUGCACACGAACUGUUACGGCACCCGUUCAUCAAACGAGCCCGGAAGAACAAUGCCAUCUUGCAGGAGCUCAUUGAACGCUACCGACGGUGGCGCGAGUUGGGUAGUGAUGAAGAACCUGAUUCAGAUGAUGAUGGUCUCUCGGCCGAUGAUACAUCGAAGGGCGGGAAAACCCGGAAGCCACGUGACGGCGAGCUUCCAAACAACUCCGCAGACACGCUGAAAUGGGUAUUCGAUACCGUGCAGUCUGCACCUGCCGGUUUGCAUUCCGCGGUUGCAACCACCGCCUCUGUCACCACAUCCACAACGACCAGCGCUGCUCCUGUUGCAGCACAAUCACGUCGACCAAUCAUACAAGGAGAUUUACGGGAACGACGAAACAGUCCAGAUCAGAAAUCGUACGCCAAUCACUCGCAACAACCCGCUCCACCGCAACACGUCCCGGUGUCCCGUAGCUCCCCUCAGGCGAUCUCAAUCAUUUCCUCAAAGACUGCUGCCUCUCCUGGGAUUCCCAUCACACGCCCGGUGACCACCACUGCUGAAAUAGUUGUUACCUCAGAGUCCGGACUCCCGCCUCCUGUUCCUCCUCACAUCCAGUCAAACAAUAAUCCGCCCAGCACAACUGCUCCAGCUCCCCGUCCCCAAGUUAUCAUACAACAACAGCACCAACCACCUCCUCCAUCUCAGAUGAUUCGGAGAAUAUCCAUCGAGGACAUCACGCCCAAUCAACCUGUUCUCCGAAACGUUGCAGGCUCGAAUCCGUCACGAAUGGCGUUCAUUCAUGGCCGUAAGGUCGAUGACAUCGACUUAUCUGGUGAUGGGGUUGCUCAGCGAAGGAAGCACGAGGGCUGGGAUACCGCCAGGUUGCCUAAGCCUAGACAGGGCAAGUCGAGGGACGGAGGUUGGGCUCGAACCACGGAACUUCCGAUCAGUAAAUUCUCGCUCCAAUCACUGGUCCAUCUCGCCUCCACUAUGGUACUGGAUCAAUGUGAUCCCCUGAAAACGGCUCACUCGAUCGCCGUGGUCGAGGCAUAUCUAUCGCGACUUUCGAAAGUCCGUUAUCCGAUAAGCAAUAAUAACGUGACGCGUCCGAUCUCGAUGCGCUACGAAUCCGCUCACUCCCCCGAACCAACGGUAGCCCCCCUGCCCCUCGUUCGUUCCGCAUGCCUCCGUCUGCACAUCCUCCCACUUUUGGAGAACCUCCGGGGUGUCUACGAUCAAAUUCGCAGUGGUGCAGCCGAUUCUAUAGAUGAGCUCGUCUCCGCAUUCGAAACGGUCGACAGGAGUUCGCCGCAGUUCACUACACAAUUUGUUGUGGAGUUACUCGGCCGUGCACUGGACAGCAAUCCGCUAAUAUCGUCCAACGUCAAACGACGUGCACUCGAUCGCCUUCGAAUGGGACCCCCUGUGUAGAUUUGUUACUCUUACCCAUCUCUCCUGUUGCUUCCCGUUAGGUGUUUUGCCAAACUUUCGGGCGAAAUCAAUGCAACUGUACGUCCAAAGUUUGCAUACCCACUCGUCCAAUAACGGAGAACUAUACCAGGACUUUCGUGACUGGUGGCUGCGUGCAUCUCUGAUUAGGACAGAUGGCAACAGUUACUCUCCCAAGACAUUCCCUGUCCGGUCAACUAACUACAUCGUGACUCCUGGUUAGUUUGUCGUCCAUCCUAGCCCCCCCCCCAACUGCCCAAUCGUGUCUCUCACUCGCUAUCGACAUAAGGAGGCCAUGUGAAUGCAUUGUAUAGCUGCUCACAUUCUGUCCUUCCGCACAACGAUAUUUUCACCUGACAUUUUUCUACCUUUGAGCCUCGGCUCAACACAUUUUUCGGUCCAUUACUAUUUAUUUCCACAUUAACGAUGGCGUUCGGUGGCCAGAGGGCAAUGCCCCUAAAAUUUUGCAUUUUAUUUUUAAGCUUUUCUCACGAAUUCAAGUGCUCUAGUAUCCGGCUUUCUCAGUGUGAUCACCACUGUUGGUGCGGAUGUGUGUGUGUGUGCGUGCGGAGAACACGGUGGUUAAGGCAGAGAGGAUUGCACAGUAUUCUUUUCUAUGUACCCUGUAUUUUUGCAUUCUCCCCGCACCCGUGGCUUCCAAUCUGUGUUGGUGAUGUUGUGUUCCGAUUGCCCGCUUUGUCUACCUCUGUUUGUUCAUGAUUCGGAUCUCUUCCCCCCCCCCGCCCGUUUGUUCCACCGAAUGAACCAGUAAAACACAAAAAGCACGACCGUCUUUGAUUGACCAAACGCGCCUUUUCCCGACGUUCAUUCUCCGGCCACUUUGGAUUGUCUGUUGCUAUGAUGUUUUUUGCCUUUCCUAGUUGUGCUUGAUAAUUCUCCCUUCGUCGCCAGAUUUGUCGAUCACCACGGAUCACCCGUGGUUUCGGACAUGGUUCAUAAUUUCUCUUCUCUUUCUCUCCCUUUCCAUUUUUCUUCAUUACUUUUUGACAUCCGAAUUAGUCAACGUCACGCGUAUUUCACUUUUGGUGGACUAUCCUUGGAUACGGUCGAUGAUGAUAAUGUAUAACUGAUAGCUACUCACAUUUCGGCUCAGCAGCGAAACUCCACUGCGGAAUUUCGCGAUUCGAAUCCCCCGCCCCAGGAAUGGAGAGUGCUUUUGGACAAAAAUAGAACAUUCGAG